AGGCUCUUCUAUAUUACACCAACCCCAGCUCUUUUUCCACAUUCCAAAGUCAACAAAACCAAAUCCUAAAAGGCUCAAGCUCUGUUCUUUUCACUCCAAAAUCAAAAUCUCUGCAACCCUUCUUUUCCUUAGAUUCUCUCUUCCUCUUGCUCCCACAUUCACAAAUGUUUCAAUCAGAAGAUGGCCAUAGAUUCUUCAAAUUUAGAAGCUCAGCUUCCUUUCCAUGACUUAUCUGUGGUCUUUUCAUUUUCUGAUCAUUGCCUUUUCAAUAUUCUUGUCAAAUUCUUUUAGUCCACAAGUUUCUUCAACCACACCUCUCAUUAGACUUUUGGCUCAUAAAACACUAUCAGUGGUGUGAUCUUAUUGCCUAAUCUAUUCAAAACAGUUUCUUAAACAGUUUCUUUGUCUUCCUAUAUAAAUAACUUGAAGGGACACCCUUUCCUGGUUAAGCUCUUCAUCUCUCGAGACUGUUGACACCAAUGGUUACCAAACAAUUCUGCGAGCUUUCUUGUGGAGUUGUAAACAUGGCAUGGAUUAUGCUUAGUGUUGACAACUUGAGGCUCUUGUGGCAAUUGUCUGGUGUCUUCUCGUAUGAGAAUCAUGAGUGGAAGCCUCGGAUCAUCUAGCAACUACCUUUUUCAGUAGAUUUUUAAGCUCAUCCCAUUGAGAUAAUUACAUAUAUAAUUAUAUUACAAUUGUUUGUUGUUGCUAAGUGAAUUUUCAAAAAGUCUAUAACACACACGUACCAGUUUAAGCCAGAAUUAGUCAUAGUGAUUGAUUCAGCAGCUAGAGCCAUGUACAAGGGAAGAUUAGGAGGCAAAGCUCAGCUUAAUGGAUAUGUUGAAACAAACCCAUCUGGUCGAUAUGGACGUUUCAGGGACAUUCUAGGCAAAGGAGCUAUGAAGGUAGUGUAUAAGGCAUUUGAUGAGGUCCUCGGGAUAGAGGUGGCUUGGAACCAAGUCAAGCUGGGUGAUGUGUUUCAUUCACCAGACCAACUUCAACGCUUAUAUUCAGAGGUUCAUCUCCUCAAGAAUUUAGACCAUGACUCCAUCAUGAUCUUUCAUGAUUCUUGGAUCGAUGUCCGUGGUAGAACAUUCAACUUCAUCACUGAGUUGUUCACCUCUGGCACCCUACGAGAGUAUAGAAAGAAAUACCCUCAAGUUGAUAUCAGAGCAGUGAAGAACUGGGCACGCCAAAUUCUUAGUGGUUUGGAGUAUUUGCACAACCAUGAUCCUCCUGUGAUACAUAGGGACCUGAAGUGUGAUAAUAUCUUUGUCAAUGGCCAUUUGGGGCAGGUCAAGAUUGGUGACUUAGGCCUUGCAGCCAUUCUUAGUGGCUCCAGACAUGCUCAUAGUGUCAUAGGUACACCAGAAUUUAUGGCACCAGAAUUGUAUGAAGAGGAAUACAAUGAGCUAGUAGACAUCUACUCAUUUGGAAUGUGUAUGAUAGAGUUGUUCACUUCAGAAUUCCCAUACAGCGAGUGCUCCAAUCCUGCUCAAAUAUACAAGAAAGUUACUUCUGGUAAGCUACCAAAUGCAUUUUAUAGAAUCCACGAUUUGGAAGCUCAAAGGUUUGUGGGAAAGUGUUUGGCAAAUGUCUCUAAGAGGUUAUCAGCAAAGGAGCUCUUGUUGGAUACAUUUUUAGCUACGGACCAACUUGACUCGCCAUUGCCAAGCCCCACACUGCCAAGAAAACACACUCCCCCACUCAAUUUCACUGCAGCAGUUUCCAAAAAGCAACCUUCAAUGUGUGACCAAACAAAGACCACAAACAUGACCAUCACGGGGUCAAUAAAUGAAGAGGAUAACACAAUUUUCCUUAAAGUACAAAUUUCGAACAAAAAAGAAAAUUUGAAUGCAGGGCAAACAAGAAAUAUAUACUUCCCAUUUGACAUCAUAAAUGACACUGCUAUUGAGGUGGCAACGGAGAUGGUUGACGAACUAGAAAUCAGAGACUUGGAACCACUAGAAAUUGCUGAAAUGAUAGAGGAGGAGAUAUCAAUUUUAGUUCCUACAUGGAAGGAUUGGGGUACUUGUAAAUAUCAACAACAACACAGUUUUAGCUAUGAAGAAGAGGAUGAUAUCAGUAACCACCACCCUUUCUUGUCAUCAUCUUCUAGCUCUUCGUCUCACAGUCCUCUCCCAAUAUUUUCUUCCUCCUACAAGAACAACCACCUCUGUGAGAACCAUCACCCUUUUGCUCGAGAUUGGCAUCAAGAUGAUCUAUUUAUGAAUGAUGAUGAAAGCUCUGAAAGCUCAAUGAACUCCUUGAAGUGUUUCAAUUUCCACUACUGUGACUCAGGCAAUGAAGAGAAACUUAAUCCAAUAUUUGUAGUAGGAACAGAACACAUUUCCUGCAGUACGCCAAAGGCCAAUAACAAGUGCUCAGGAUUCUGUCCUCGAGAAGAGGAUGUUGACGUUGAUAAACAUUUUUGCAACAUAAGAAUUGAUUCUCACUCUCGCAGGCAUCAUGGGCCAGGACAUGGAUUUCGAAAGUUGACAAGGAUACACUCGUAUGUAGAUGUGAGGAGACAACAACAUCAACAGCGAUCUCUGAUCGAGGAGAUGCACAAAAGGAGGAUGUUCAAGACGGUCGGUUCCAUUGAGAAUAUUGGGUUUCAGAAUCCAGAAGGAGGUGCAUUUUGAAGCUCCUGGAUUCAGAAACACUCUUAUUUCACUACUUUUGGGGCUUUAUUUAUUGCCCAUAUCUGUGAAUAUUUGUAAACCACAUGACAUGAACUCAUCUGAAUAUUGUGAAAUACUUGUAAUAAUGAUAUAUGUUUAUGUUAAGAGAGAUGUUUACUUGCUUGUAAUAA